GUUGUCGGGCCGGCCGUUGUUUGGGUCUCGAGCGGGGCCGGGCUCCGGGGAGCGGUGAGGAUCGGGUAGCCGGGGCCCGGCAGGUGGAGGUUGGCCAGCUUGAACAAUGAUUUGAACCAUCAAAAGCAGGAGAGAGGAGGAUCCGUGAGCAAAACAUCUAUAUUUGGAAGCCUGUUUCAUCCAGCAGCUCUCAGGGACAGCCCCGCAGCAGCCUUGGUGCAGACAAGAGGAUGAAAUCGCACUCUCGGUGGGGGACUAAACAUGGAGAUACGCUGCGGCGGCCUCUUGUUCAGUUCCAAGUUUGACUCAGGGAACCUGGCCCAUGUGGAGAAGGUGGAACACCAGGAAGGAGAAGGGGACGUAGCUGGGAACAACAGCAGCGGCAGCAGCACUACUGUGUCUGCGGUGUUUGGCAGCUCCCUGCCCACGGCUGACUAUGAAUUCAAUGUGUGGACCAAGCCUGACUGUGCUGAAACGGAGUAUGAAAAUGGGAACAGAUCCUGGUUUUAUUUCAGUGUGAAGGGAGGAGCGCCAGGCAAGCUGAUCAAAAUCAACAUCAUGAACAUGAACAAGCAGAGCAAACUCUAUUCCCAAGGCAUGUCGCCUUUCGUUAGGACCCUGCCUGUCAGGCCCCGCUGGGAGCGCAUCCGGGAGCGGCCCACCUUUGAGAUGAUGGAGACCCAGUUUGUGCUGUCCUUUGUGCACCGCUUCCUGGAGUACCGUGGCACCACCACCUACUUUGCCUUCUGUUACCCCUUCUCAUACACGGAGUGCCAGGAGAUGUUGGCACAGCUGGACAGCCGCUUCGAGGAGUGUAAAUACAUGUCACCCAGCAGCACCCUCGACUCCAUCUAUUACCAUCGAGAGCUGCUGUGCCACUCCCUGGACAAUCUGCGGGUGGACUUGCUCACCGUCACCUCGUGCCACGGCAUGAGGGAGGAGCGCGAGCCCAGGCUGGACAACGUAUUCCCUGACGAAGCCACUCCUCGUCCGCAUUGCUUUGCAGGGAAGAGGGUCUUCUUCCUGAGCAGCAGAGUUCACCCAGGGGAAACGCCCUCCAGCUUCGUCUUCAAUGGCUUCCUGGAGUUCAUCCUGCGGGAGGAUGAUCCCCGAGCCCAGAUGCUGAGGCGCAUGUUUGUCUUCAAGCUCAUCCCCAUGCUGAACCCGGAUGGCGUGGUGCGAGGCCAUUACCGAACCGAUGCCCGGGGGGUGAACCUGAACCGCCAGUACCUGAGCCCUGACGCAGAGCUGCACCCUGCUGUGUUCGGAGCCAAAGCCGUGCUCCUUUACCAUCACACCCACAGCCGUGGCCCAUCCGGCGCUCCCGACUGGAGGGCACACACCUCCCCGCUCACCUCCACCUCGCUAAGCACCAAAGCUUCCAACCAUUCCAUCUGCAACUGCACCCUGGCCCCGGAGGCGCCUCUGUCGGAGCUGGAGAAAGCCAACAACCUCCGCAACCAGCCCAGCACCUAUCUCCCGCUUUCUCAGGACCCCCAGCCGCUGGAAGCACCCGCUGCCGAGCUGGGGAACAAGGACCAAGCUGUGUGGAUCCUGCCUUCGGAGCCCACCGGGGAGCACUGUGAGAGGAAAGCCGAGACCCCCCUGGAAGCCGUCCUGCCCCAGGAGAGCGGGCUGGCGUACUACGUGGAUCUGCACGGGCACGCCUCCAAGCGCGGCUGCUUCAUGUAUGGCAACAGCUUCAGCGAGGAGAACGCCCAGGUGGAAAAUAUGCUGUUCCCGAAACUCAUCUCCUUGAACUCAGCUCACUUUGACUUCAUGGGCUGCAACUUCUCGGAGAAGAACAUGUACGCCAGAGACAAGCGGGACGGGCAGUCGAAGGAGGGCAGUGGACGAGUGGCUAUCUACAAGGCCUCGGGCAUCAUUCACAGCUACACACUGGAGUGCAACUAUAACACCGGGCGCUCAGUGAACAGCAUCCCCAUGGCCUGCCACGACAAUGGGCGGGCGAGCCCUCCACCCCCUCCAACCUUCCCCACCAAGUACACCGUGGAGCUGUUUGAGCAGGUUGGGCGGGCGCUGGCCAUCGCGGCGCUGGACAUGGCAGAAUGUAACCCCUGGUCCCGGCUCAUCAUGUCUGAGCACAGCAGCCUCAACAACCUGCGAGCCUGGAUGCUGAAGCACGUGCGCAACCUGAAGGGCAUGGCUGCAUUCUCCCGCAAGAAAGGCUCCAACGGGCUGCCCGCCGGGAGCUCUGAGAAUGCCCUCUCCCGGGCCAGGAGCUACAACCAUGGCACCAGUGGGAGCAGCGGCAGCCAGCAGAACUCGCCCCAGAUCAAAGCCUCACCCAGCUUCACCUUCAGCUGUAACAGGGCUGGUGGCCCCGCAGGCGGGAGUCAGAGCCCUCAGAAAGGCAGCCCGAGGGUCCUGGCACCGGUGAGAGAGCCCCGCGUGCAGGACAAGCGGCGCCAGCAGCACCUGACUCUGCUGCGAGCAGCGACCAGCAGCGACCAGCCGCCAGCGCCUCUCCCUCCCUGUGCCAGGCGUCUGUGCCAGCCUCCGCCGCCCGCCAGCCUGCGCCCCUGCUCCCUGCCAGCCUCCCUCAGCCUGUCAGGGACCUCGCCCACGGGCACUAAGGCCGGGGCUCUGGUGAUCACCAGCCGUGGACUUCAGGCAGCAGGGCACGGCCGGGAAGAGCCGAAGAUCCCCUAUGGCAUGGCGCUGGUGCAGAACCUUCCGAAGAGGCUGAGCUCCAGGAAAGUCCUAGAACCACCCAGCCUGGGGCCGCUGCCGCUGCGCCCCAGCAGGAUCCCCGUCCGCAAGAAGGCAGCAGCAUGCACCCCGAGUUUGCUGGGGCUCGGCAGCGAGAGCACCUCAGCCCUCAAGGUCUGGAAAUACACCCACGCUGGAGCCCUGGCCCAAAGGUCUCUGCCAGCAUUCCCAGAGGACACUGCAUCACUCAGCAUGGGGAUGCAGACAACAGAGCCGCUCUUCAUCUGCGACGACCCCGAGGGCCUGCUCAGCGAGCAUCUGCCAAGCCGGGCCCCAGACUCGCCCCCGCUCAGCUCCUACCACACGAUCCUGUCCUUCUGCACUGAAGCCUGAGGGCAGCCACCAGCUCCAGCCUUCGCCUGUCUGCACUCGCCUCCGUCUCCAGCCGGGUGCAGC